GAAAAAUGAAAUUUGUAUUGCUCAAAGACUAUAAUGAAAUCUCAACUUUUGCGGCUGAAUUUGUAUGUAAAAGAAUUGUUGAUUUUUGUAAAGAAAAUGAAAAUAAUAAGAAAUUUUUUGUUUUGGGUCUUCCUACAGGAAGUACUCCAAUCGGAAUGUAUUCAAAACUUGUUGAAUUUUACAAAAUGGGAAGAAUUUCAUUUAAGCGUGUAAAAACUUUUAAUAUGGAUGAAUAUGUUGGAAUUUCUCCUCUACAUCCACAAAGUUAUCGACAUUUUAUGUUUGAAAAUUUAUUUAGUCACAUUGACAUUGAUCCUUUAAACAUUGACAUUCCAAAUGGGCAAGCACCUUCUCUUUUAGAUGAAUGCAAUCGUUAUGAAGAAGCAAUUCGAACUGCUGGAGGAAUUGAUUUAUUUGUUUCUGGCAUUGGAUCAGAUGGACAUUUAGCUUUUAAUGAACCUGGCAGCAGUCUAAACAGUCGUACACGUGUACAGGCUCUCAAUAAUGAAACAAUUUUAGCAAAUUCGCGUUUCUUUCAAAAUGAUUGUAGUCAAGUUCCUAUAAAGGCAAUAACUGUUGGUGUUGGCACUUUAAUGGAAGCUAAAGAGAUUUUGGUUUUGGCGAGUGGUUCUCAUAAAGCUUUAGCUGUACACAAGGCUGUAGAAAAGGGAAUUUCUCAUAUGUGCACUGCCAGUGGUGAAAUUUUUUAA